GUUGGCUGCAGUCCGUGUUCCCCGGUUCCUUCUCAGACGGACACUAACACAGCCGUUAAUCCUCUCAGUCCGGUCCGGUUUGUUUUGUUUUGGUCCGGUCCUGUUCGGUCCUGUCUGGUCUCCGUGGCAUGAAGAACAUGUUGGCCGUGCUGUCUCACGCGCUCUGCAGGAUCACUGGACGGACUGUGGGAGCCCAGACAGUGUCCGAGUUGCUGAUUGACCUGUCAGAGUACGUCAGUCUAACCUCACCGGCGUCGGCGGCGUCCGUCUCGGCAAAGGCUCGGCGACAACCACCCGACCCGCCUCCAGUCAGUACUAGAGCGCCUGCUGCAGAGUUAGUUAGCGUCCACGCCGACCGGACAGACGGAGCAGGUGCCAGAGUCGUCGUCUCCCGCUCCUUCGCCGACUUCACCCCUCAUGCGACCUUUGACAUCAAGAAAUGCGACGUGCACCGCCUGGAGGACGGCCCCCCGGUGCAGGCGGAGCUGACUCGGGAGGACGGCCUGAAGUAUUACCGAGUCAUGCAGACCGUGAGGCGCAUGGAGCUCAAAGCUGAUCAGCUGUACAAGCAGAAGAUCAUCCGAGGCUUCUGUCACCUGUACGACGGACAGGAAGCGUGUGCAGCAGGCAUAGAGGCCGCCAUCAACCCCUCCGAUCACCUCAUCACCGCCUACCGCGCCCACGGAUACACGUACACCCGCGGCGUGCCCAUUAAGGAGAUCCUGGCUGAGCUCACGGGGCGUAAAGGCGGCGUGGCCAAAGGCAAAGGAGGCUCCAUGCACAUGUACGCUCCACACUUCUACGGCGGUAACGGCAUCGUGGGGGCGCAGGUUCCUCUAGGAGCCGGCAUCGCCCUGGCCUGCCAGUACCAAGGCAACAACCAGGUGUGUGUCGCACUCUACGGAGACGGAGCAGCCAAUCAGGGCCAGCUGUUUGAGACGUUCAACAUGGCGGCCCUGUGGAAGCUGCCGUGCAUCUUCAUCUGCGAGAACAACCAGUACGGCAUGGGGACGUCGAUGGAGAGGGCUUCAGCCAGCACCGAGUACUACAAGAGAGGAGACUACGUGCCGGGAAUCAGAGUGGACGGGAUGGACGUCCUGUGUGUCAGAGAGGCCACGAGGUUCGCUGCAGACCACUGCAGGUCUGGAAAGGGUCCCAUCGUAAUGGAGCUGCAGACCUACCGUUACCAUGGACACAGCAUGAGUGACCCAGGUGUCAGCUACCGCACCCGUGAUGAGAUUCAGGAAGUGCGCAGUAAGAGUGACCCCAUCUCUCUGCUGAAAGACCGCAUGCUCAGCAACAACAUGGCGUCUGUAGAGGAGUUCAAGGAAAUCGACGUAGCGAUCCGUAAGGAGGUGGAGGAGGCGGCUCAGUUCGCCACGUCCGAUCCAGAGCCGCCGCUGGAGGAGCUCUGCAACCACAUCUUCCACAACAGCCCGCCGCUGGAGGUCCGCGGGACGCACCCGUGGUCCACGCUGAAGUCCGUCAGCUAAGACCUCCAUCAGAAGAAGAGUCCUCCAGCUGCACCCAAAAACCUUCAGCAUUCCGCACCUUAACGGGACUCAGUGCUUAUUUAUAGUUUAUAUAGAUUAUAUAUAUUCUUUGUAAACUGCAGAACAUACGCACAAAACGCAGCACUUUCACUUUUUAUUUUCCGCUUUUAAACAUGAAUAAUGUCCGCCUCUCUUAAAGCUCUCGCCUGUUUGACUUUAAGCAGUUUUAGAGACGUCAGGAUGUUGAGUUAAGGCAGCGGUGGAAACGUUUACUGAAGUACUUCAGUACGAUUUUAGAGUUACUUUA